UUUCAUUGCAAUAGCGGCCCCACGCGCGCGCCCGUCACCGGAGGAGAAGAGGACAGAAAGCGACAAGAAGACAAAUUAAAUAAAAAACCGCAAUUUUUUUUAAAAACUCAAAUUCGCCGGAAAACCGCCUCACGAAACUCCGCAACCAUGUCAGAGGAAAAGCCAAAGGAGGGUGUCAAGACCGAGAAUGAUCACAUCAACCUGAAGGUGGCUGGGCAAGAUGGCUCCGUGGUCCAGUUCAAAAUCAAAAGGCACACACCCCUCAGUAAACUCAUGAAGGCCUACUGCGAACGACAGGGUCUCUCAAUAAGGCAGAUCAGGUUCAGGUUUGACGGCCAGCCGAUCAAUGAGACGGAUACGCCUUCGCAGCUGGAGAUGGAAGACGAAGACACCAUAGACGUUUUCCAGCAGCAGACUGGCGGCCUCUGCUAAAGGCCCUCCCACCUCAGUGACAACCACCCUCAGACCACACCCCUCUCACGUCAGCACCGGUCAUCACUCGUCUCCGCUAUUAUUAUUAUUAUUAUUAUUAUUAUUAUUUCUUCGGUUAAGCUAUGUCCAUAUCGGAUUUUUUUUUUUUUUGGUUGGGAAGUGGGAUGGGGGGUUAUAAGCAGCCAGGACUGUACUCUUCUUGGUUGUCUUCAGUCAGGAACACUAUGAUUGGACCAACAGCUAUCCACUAGUAUUAUCGUCCAUCAAAGGGUUGCCCACCUUACAUGUUUUUGUCUGGACUCCUGCUGUCCUUAUUGCCAGCAUGUCUUUUUAAUUGUCUGCUUUUUAACCAGCUUUGCAAAAGAAUUUGUGUUUUGUCUCCCCACCCGAUAAUAGACAUCCACGAGGGUCGCUUGUUUUUCCUGUACAGACAACAACAGAAUGGAUAUAAGCUAAAUAUUGACCAAACGUUCAGACAUAUUUAAAGGGGGUCUGUACUUUUUGGUUACUUUUUUUUUCUUCUUCUUCUUCUUCUCGUCGUUCCAUGUGCAUACCGCCAAGUAUUUAUUCAGACUGAAAGAUGGCUGCAUGGAUAGAAUGAAGCAGGGCAGUGGAGGACACCCACUUGGGGUCCUGAGCGGCAUCCUGGAAAGUCAGUAUAUUAUUGUAAACACCUCACUACUUUGUCUACCAUUUUUGCAUUGAUAUAAACUGGCCUAAGAUGAACAUUUAGUUCAACUGCAAUGCCAUUUUCAUAUGUGGUGGAAGGGGGCGGGUGGGCGCCCACCUCAGUACCACAUUUUUGGAGGUGCACGACAACACGCUUUGUAUUAUGCGCUAGGAAUUUACAUCCGGUCUUGUAUUGUAGCUUAAAAUACUGUCUUUGGAGAUUUAAGAUUCUCCUGCAGAUGCCCGACUUAGCGUUUAAUGUCAAUGUGUCCCCCCCCCCUUUUUUUUUAAAGGAAAAAAAAUUGAAAUAGUUCGCCCCCACAGUUUUCGCAAGUGUAUUUUUGGUGUGUGUGUCUAGUCCAUCUGAAAGCGUUCUUCAUACUUCCAGAAAAACCAAUUGACCUAAAAGUCCUCAGAAUUUCAUACCGAUUAUGUUUUGGGGAUUUUGCAUCAAGAGCACAUUUUUCCAAGAUACAUUUUCAUCCUCCUGGAUUGGCUUUAAAAAGAAAACACCUUUACAACAAAACAAGGCCCAGGUCUUUGUCAUGUUAUUUGUUUCUCUACUGAUUUGUACAUUAUUUGUGGUCUUUUACUACUGUAUACAAUAAAUAUAGUUUGGUACUCAGA